GGAAGGAAUUGUUCUGGAUUAGAAGGGGAACGAAAGAUGGCGGCGGAAACGCUGCUGUCCAGUCUGUUGGGGCUGCUACUUCUGGGGCUCCUGUUACCCGCAACCCUGACCGGCGGGGUCGGGAGCCUGAACCUGGAGGAGCUGAGUGAGAUGCGUUAUGGGAUCGAGAUACUGCCGUUGCCUGUCAUGGGAGGCCAGAGCCAAGCUUCGGACGUGGUGAUUGUCUCCUCUAAGUACAAGCAGCGCUAUGAAUGUCGCCUGCCAGCUGGAGCUAUUCACUUCCAGCGUGAAAGGGAGGAGGAGACACCUGCUUACCAAGGGCCUGGGAUCCCUGAGUUGUUGAGCCCGAUGAAAGAUGCUCCCUGCCUGCUGAAGACCAAGGACUGGUGGACAUAUGAAUUCUGUUAUGGACGCCACAUCCAGCAGUACCAUAUGGAAGAUUCAGAGAUCAAAGGUGAAGUCCUCUAUCUCGGCUACUACCAAUCGGCCUUCGACUGGGAUGAUGAAACAGCAAAGGCCUCCAAGCAGCAUCGCCUGAAACGCUACCACAGCCAGACCUAUGGCAAUGGGUCCAAGUGCGACCUCAACGGGAGGCCCCGGGAGGCUGAAGUUCGGUUCCUCUGUGAUGAGGGUGCUGGUAUCUCUGGGGACUACAUUGAUCGAGUAGAUGAGCCCUUGUCCUGUUCUUACGUGCUGACCAUUCGAACUCCUCGGCUCUGCCCUCACCCACUCCUUCGGCCCCCACCCAGUGCUGCUCCCCAGGCCAUUCUCUGCCACCCCGCCCUGCAGCCUGAGGAGUACAUGGCCUACGUUCAGAGGCAAGCUGACUCAAAGCAGUACGGAGACAGGGCCAUAGAGGGGCGGCAAGACCCGGACCCUCCAGUGUGGAGUGAGACCAAGCCUAGCGUGGUGCCACCAAAGAAAGCAGGUGCAAGCCCAGCCAAGGAGAACAGUAAGGAAUCAGAUUUCUGGAAGAUGCUUCAUGAGCCAGAGGAACAGCCCCCAGAAAGGGAGGAGACACAGGCCGAGGAGCAGGAACCAAACCUUGAAGCCACAGACCCACCGCCAACCUCUCCCGAUGAUUUUCAGAACAAUGUACAGGUCAAAGUCAUUCGGAGUCCUGCAGACUUGAUUCGAUUGAUAGAGGAGCUGAAGGGUGGAACAAGAAAGGGGAAGCCAAACGCAGGCCAGGAGCAGCCUGGAGACAGUGCUACAGAAGUCCCUUCCAGGGAACCAGAGGUGAAGGAAAAGGGCGACCCAGAACAGCAGAACGAGCUGGAAGAAGAGGAGGAUGAUGAAGAUGAAGACGAAGAUGAGGAUGAACGGCAGUUGCUGGGAGAAUUUGAGAAGGAACUGGAAGGUAUACUGCUCCCAUCAGACCGAGAGCGGCUCCGGGCAGAGGUGAAGGCUGGCAUGGAGCGGGAGCUGGAAAACAUCAUCCAGGAGAUCCCUGACUCUGCACCCCCACCUUGGGCCUCCCAGACAGAAAAAGAGCUAGACCCAGACGGGCUGAAGAAGGAGUCAGAGCGCGAUCGGGCUAUCCUGGCCCUGACAUCCACUCUCAACAAACUCAUCAAAAGGCUGGAGGAAAAACAGAGCCCAGAGCUGAUGAAGAAGCACCGAAAAAGGAGGGUUGUCCCCAAAAAGCCUCCCCCACCCCCUCAACCAACAGAGGAGGAUCCUGAGCACAGAGUCCGGGUCCGGGUCACCAAGCUCCGUCACGGAGGCCCCAAUCAGGAUCUGACUGUCCUCGAGAUGAAACGGGAAAACCCACAGCUGAAACAAAUCGAGGGGCUGGUGAAAGACCUGCUGGAGAGGGAGGGACUCACAGCCGAAGGGAAAAUUGAGAUCAAAAUUGUCCGACCAGGGACAGAAGGGACUGAGGAGGAUGCACGUUGGCUGACUGAUGAGGACACAAAAAACCUCAAGGAGAUUUUCUUCAAUAUCUUGGUGCAGGGAGCUGAAGAGGCGCAGAAAGAGCGGCAGCGGCAGAAAGAGCUGGAGAGCAAUUACCGCCGGGUGUGGGGCUCCCCAGGCGGGGAGGGCACUGGGGACCUGGAUGAAUUUGACUUCUGAGACCACCACCAUCAGCUUGCCAAAGAGUCCAGAGUCUUCUAGACUGGCCCUGCCUCUGUCCCCCACAACCCCCAGGGCCCUGAAGGCAAAACAGCAGAGAGCUGAGCUGUGAGCUGUGGAUCCUGAGACCCUCCUGGGGUGUGGAGGGGCUGUGGGGCAAGUGCUGCUGCUACUGCUGAGACCUGGAGACCUCCCAGGCCUAUGUGAUCUGCUGUCCCUGGUUCUCCCCACACCCUGUUCCUUCCCUCCUGGCUUCCCCUGCUGUCAUCCCUCAGCUUGUGGGUUCCUUUCCCCUCCCUAACGAGCAUUUUGAAAUCUUUUGAGUAGAGCAGGCAGGGUGAGAAGAGUGGGGCCAGUCAGCAGGCCCUAAGAGGUAGGCCCCCCCACCCCUGCCCCACUCCUGUUGAGAGUCACCUCCCUGCUUCCCCCAGAUCAGCUUGAGAUGUCCUGCCCCUUUCCCUUUCCACACUGUUCCCUACAAAUCUGUGCUUCUGAGUGGAAGCACCUUCUCUCUGUUGCUGAGAAAAUGGGAAGAAAGUUGCCUACCACCUCUGACACAAUCCCAUGAAAAGGGUAGGCUACAGACCCACCUACCAUGUUCUAGAACAAUCAGGUUUCUAAAUAAAGAACUGGACCAUCAAA